AUGCCACUGUUACAACCACCUCCACCCCCAUUUGGCACUCGUACGAGAGAACCAUCACCUGUCGACCAACCGGUACCGGGAUCUUCACUUCAACAACCCAAAUGCUUACUCGAGUAUGAACGGUUUAAGCACCUUCAUAAUGGUAAUGUAGGUAAUAAUUCAAAUAUAGAAAACUCUAACAUGGUGAAUGGUGUAGGCGGACAACAAUUCGGACGUCCAGAUACAUUAGACAAAUUAUCGACCUAUCGACGUAUGCGUUCUCUCACGCAGCAGGAAUCAGGUGGUGGUAGUGGUAGUAUUCGUGUGAUACCUACCAACGGUGUGGACUGUUCCUCAAGUCAAAGUAGAAUGAUAGAUGUUGAAAUGGAAAAGAAGAAAGAACCUGAUAAUCUACCACAGCUACCCAAAGAAGUAGCAAAAUACAUUUUAGAUAUGGAAGAACAGAAUCGUUUUCUUCGCCAAAACGUUAUUAAACUUCAAGAAGAAUUCAAGCAACAACAAAUUCAGGCAGAUGAACGUAAACAAUUGGCAGACAUUGUCGUUAGUAAUACUCAGAGAGUUAUUUCUGGUGGCGACAGAAAUGGGGUAAAUGAUUUACUAGUCGCUUCAGGGGCUUUUGUUAGUCAAGAAGAACGAGAACGCUACAUGAAUGAUGUUCUUGCACAAGUAGAUGUCAUUGUGCAAGCACAUCGUAAUAAGAGUGAAGCUGAAAUUCUUCGAUACAAAGAAGAAGCAGAGACAGCUAAAUUAGCUUUAAAACAGCUUCGUGAAGCUAUAGCUUUAGAAGGUGUUGAUUUAUCAAUGUUACCUGCUGCAAUGGCUGCACUCUCUGGUCGUCCUCUUAAUGUUGGAAAAGGUAUCAACAUGGUGAAGAGUAAUAAGAACAACAUUCAAAGCCGAGAGAAUGGAGAAGGAGAAGAAGAUGAAGAAGAAAAGGAAGGAAUAAUGGUAGAAGAUAAUAAUGCCAUAAUAUCCUCCAAAAUAUCCACAAAAACGAUGAUGGGAGGUGAUCUUUCUGGUAUUACAAAAAUAAUGCUUGAAAAGUGCAAACCUCUCUUAACUGAGGCAUCCGAUGCUGUCCUUGCGGAUCUACUACGUGUGGAAGCGGAUGAUGAUGUGCCUACAAUAGUGCGAGAAUCCGUCCGGCGUGGGUUUGAAGGACUCGCACAGCACCUCGCCUCUCUUGUUGCAGACUACGUUGGACACUAUAUUAAUGAAGUGCGUUACCUCCAACAGGAACGUGAGGCUGCACGACGGGAAUUGCGAGAGGAAUUAAAUGCGAGUGAACAUCAACGAUUGCGAAUGGCGCAGCGUUACGAAACAGAGAUUCGUGCGCUGCGUGAUGAACUCCACGCCUUUCACGUUGCCGCUGCUGAAGGCGAUGAACUGCGAGCUACUGUGCAUGAGCGGGCUUUAGCGGAGUACACCCGGCUUCUCGCUGAGAGUCGCGAUGAGGCGACAUCCCUUCGCUCACAGUUGGAGGAGGCCCGCAGUGAUCACGCCACCAUGUGUUUGCGUCUCAAGGCAAGUCUUGAGCGUCGCGGUGCGGAGUUUGAGGCGGCGGUGAUAAAGCGAGCGGCGGAUGUACUCAAACAGCGGGAUCAUCGCAUUGCAGAGCUUGAGCGGUGUGUACGGCAGCAACAACAGGCGGAGGAGCGACGAAGAAGUGGUCGAGUGAUGAAGGGUGUACAAGUAGAAAUGGAAGAUGUAAUGAGAGAUGGGCUUGUAUUGGAUGAAUCGCAUUUUGUGCCAAAUCUGCUGGCGGUUUGCUCUAAUGGGAAGAAGAAGAAUAGUAGAGUGUCUGGACUUAAUCAAAGUUUUGUCACAUCUCCUUUCUCUACUAAACAACAUAGAGGAAAGGGAUUGGAAACAUCAGCAGUAAUGAGUGCAACUUCAGGCGUAGGUUUACCUUCUGCAAGGCCUUCAAUAGUGCAUUCCGUACAAAGUGAAUCUGAGUCUGCUUUACAGCAUGAAGAGUCUUUUGAAGAAGAGGUUUGGGAAAAGACUAUGGAGUUAUUAACGAAGUAUGGCAAUAUUGCUAAACAUUAG